CCCCGCCCACCGCCACAUCGGGUGAGCGGGGCGGCGGCGGCGGUUUUCCAGUCUACUGGUGAGGGCCGAGCGCGCAGUAUCGCCGACGACAGCCGCUGAAGAACGCUGAACGGACGCUCACGACUGAACCGACACAAUUCACAGAAUGAACCGGCCCGCCACGGCGCAGACGAGGAACGAACAGGAGAUGAUGGACAAGUCCAAGCGGGCCCUGGAGACGGCCACCGACCCCAUGGAGAAGCUGCGCCUCCAGCUGCUCUCCAGAGGAUCCACCGGCAUCAUGGGCUUCGGCAGGAUCUUCCGUCGGAUGGAUGACGACAAGAACAGAUCCCUCAACAUGGAGGAGUUCAGUGAGGGGAUGCGCGACUCGGGCCUCAACCUCAGCGCCGACGAGCUCGCGCAGCUCUUCAAGGCCUUCGACAAGGACAACUCUGGCAGCAUCAACUUCGAUGAGUUCCUGGAGAACAUCCGACCCCCGAUGUCGGCCGCGCGGAAAAAGGUGCUGAUGGAGGCGUUCAACAAGAUGGACACCAGCGGCGACGGCGUGCUCAGUCUGGAAGACAUCCGCAAGACGUACAACGUCGACAAGCACCCCAAGUUCCUCAGCGGUGAGCUGACCAAGGACCAGAUCCUCACGCAGUACCUCAACAACUUCGAGAAGAACGGCACCAAAGACGGCAAGGUCACUAAGGACGAGUUUAUCGACUACUACUCAGGUGUGAGCGCCUCUAUUGACACCGACGCCUACUUCGACCUAAUGAUCCGUAACGCGUACAAGUUGUAGGUGCCGUCUGCUGUGCCUCCGCCACUGUGCGUGCCGUCCGCGCUCCGCCGCGCCGCUCCGCCUCUCAGGAGCUGAUGUUUCUUCUGACGAGCUUUAUCGGCAGCCGUGUGCCCUCGUGGGCAGCUGUCGCCGUCCUGUCUGAUGGUGACGAACGGGAGCGUCCUGAACCCCGCGCUGAUGACUGUAAUUGUCGAAACAAGUGCGCAGGGAGCCACCCAGUCGCCAUUUUGUGUCCAACACAGUCGGGGCGAUCUGUGUCGAGACAGAUGGAGAUGGCAUUUCUGAGGCUUCCCGUGGAGUGGGGUCGAAAUGAACGGAUACUUCGCUGCCAGGUGCUCUAUAUAUCGUGCGAUGGCUUUGGAUGUGUAAUAAAAGUCAACAGUGGACUCUGGCGAGUCGACCUGAGGCUCUAA